GGCGAGGUUCUCGAGGACCCCACGGAGGCCGGGCAGCGGGGGUCGAGGGCAGGGACGGAGAGACGCCUCCCCACUCCCCGGAUUGGGCGGGGGAUGGGCAAGCGCGGGACAAUAAGGCCUGGGAGCCCGAGCGGCGCAGCCCCAGACUCCCCGGAAAGCCCGAAAAGCUAGGUGCAGCAUCUCCUCUCUUUCAAGAGUUCUCAGGAAGUUUGGGGGAGGGGCGCUCCGCUCGCUCCUGUUCGCGGGAGGCGAGGGAGGGCGACAGCAGCGGCAGGUCUCGGAGCCGUCACGUCCCGCCCUCGGGCGGGCUCGGGUGCUCCCGGCGGCGGGGUCUGCGGGGCGCGGGGCGCGGGCAGAGCGCGCCGGGCGGCAUGGAGGGACUGGUCCUGCUCAACGCCCUGGCCACCCGGCUGCUCUUCGUGCUGCACUCGCUGGUUGGAGUGUGGCGAGUGACCGAGGUGAAGAAGGAGCCGUGGUACUGGCUGCUGGCGCUGCUCAACCUCUUGCUUUUUCUGGAGACGGCGCUGACCCUUAAAUUCAAGCGCGGCAGAGGCUACAAAUGGUUUUCACCAGCCAUAUUUUUAUAUCUGAUUAGCAUUGUUCCAUCAUUAUGGCUUCUUGAAAUGCACCAUGAGACCCAGUAUUGCAGUAGCCAAUCUGAAGGAAUGUCAAAGAACACCAGCACCAAAGAAGACUUCAAUCAAACUCUGUUGUCAACUGAACAAACCAACAGAGCGGAUGAUCUCAUUGAGACGGUGAGAGCUUUCUCACUGUAUAUUAAAGGAUCUAGCAGAUCACCUUUUCACUUGGCCAAAGUUUUUGUAAAUAACUUAUCUACAGUAUGCGAGAAAGUUUGGACUUUGGGACUCCAUCAGACAUUCCUGCUAAUGCUAAUAAUUGGAAGAUGGCUUCUACCCAUUGGAGGCGGGAUUACUCGGGAUCAACUCUCUCAACUUCUCCUUAUGUUUGUGGGGACAGCUGCUGACAUACUGGAAUUUACAAGUGAGACCCUGGAAGAAGCAAAUGUGAGGAAUAGCCCUGCUCUGGUCUAUGCCAUCCUUGUUAUAUGGACCUGGAGCAUGCUGCAGUUUCCACUUGACCUGGCAGUACAGCAUGUCGUGUGCCCUGUGUCUAUGACAACAAGGGGGUUCCCCAGCCGGUUCUUUUGCCAAUACAGUGCCGACCUGUGGAACAUUGGAAUCAGCAUCUUCAUACAAGACGGUCCCUUCCUUGUUGUGCGACUCAUACUGAUGACCUAUUUCAAAGUGAUCAACCAGAUGCUGGUGUUCUUUGCUGCCAAGAACUUCCUGGUGGUGGUGUUACAGCUCUACCGCCUGGUGGCGUUGGCCUUGGUUGUCCAUGCUUCCUUGCGAAGUCAGCAAGAACGCCUGAAAGGAGAGCACAGACGCCCAGGUGUUCCAGCUGAGAGUGGGGUCUCACCUGGGGCCUGGGCAGGUGGUUCGAAGGAGGGCUUGGCUCUUCCUUUACAGGCCUUGCCAGUCACCUCCGACGACUCUCUCCAGACCCCAUAGUUAGUCACCGAGAGCAGCAUGCCCCCAGAAGGCUUGACUUUCCAGUUCCUACAGACAGAAUCUUCUCUCUCUCUCUCUCUUUUUUUAACCUUGGCAUAUAAUAAUUUUCAAAAGAACAACAUAAAAAGUGAUCUUAAACCAAAGCCAAGGAACUUCUUUUUCAACGGAAUGAAAAGAACUUUGAUUAGUGGCUGUCGCUACAACGUCUGUGUGAUGGCAUCAGAUGCUACAGUUGUUCAACCGCUAAGUGAUUUGUUUGUCUUGAACUGUUUGAAAAGCUGUGGACAGGGUUACAGUGACACAUGCCCUCAAGACAUUUAAUGCAGACAAACUGUCCCGGCUGUUACCUGAGAAUAGAGAAGCUUUGAACUUUGGCUCUAUUGUCAGACUAUCUCAUCUGAUCUUUUCUGCAAUGUCCCUCUGACAUCAAAAAAUGUACAUUCAGUGAAUGCAGAAUAAAUGAAGGGAAAAGUGCCUUUAAAAUUACCUCACUGUGGGCUGGAAGCAGUGAAAAUCUCUGCCCAGCUGCCAUAGCAUCAAGAGCCCUAUUCAUCGCUGCACAGACCUUCCCAGGAAAAAUCAUUUUUCUGGGCUGCUGUAGUCUUCUGUCAUAGCGCAUAUGCUCUUACGGAAGUGUUACUGCUUUGGCUUGGGUGCUGCAAAAUUCACAGCAAGCCAUUCUGGUUACGGAUCUAUUGGUUGGGAGGCAGGAAAUACUUGUAAUGCUAGCAAAGUCACAAUUUCCAUUCUAAACAUGAUUUGCAGUAUUCGUUAGCAUUUUCCUUAACUCCACUUUACCAUUUUCUAUAUUGCCAAGUCGAAUUGCGUGGGUUGAUGCAAGAAAGCACUGCAGCAGUGACUAAAGGUGUUUCAGGCCCUUUAAGUGUUACCAUAGUCGCUGGUGUCUGCCAGCUGUCAAGGUAGCUCCUCUGAACUGCCACAUCUGGAGCCGGCCUUUGGUCUCAGGGAAGAUGUUGGUGAUGGAGACUUGCAUUAGCCCUACUCACGGCCAACAACCCUGGAUUAGUGACGGGGAUCAGAAAAUGCCCCAGCAUCGUGGAAAUCAGGAAACGCGCUUUUCUUCCCUGCAUUACGACCACAUUUCCCCAGUAUUGAAACAGCCAUACGUCCCCCUUUAUAUGCCUCUAUACUUUCCAGGUGGAGGCGAUUCAGAACCUUUUAAAAUGAUUUUUUGCUUUUAAAGACACAGUGUGAAAAUCUACCUGGCUUUAUAGCAGUAAUUAUGUAAAGCAAACAGCUCCAAAACUGUUCCUUUAGGGUUCAAAGCAUAAUUCCUCCUUGCUAUUAUGCUCAGGAAGUGAAAGGGACAUUAAAGAUAAGGCAGGGUAUGACCUUAAAUUGGGUGUGACCUACCGACAACCAGUUGGACAAUUUCAACUAUAAAUCUGUGUGAGAGGAUAUCUGUUCAAACCAUUUAAUAAAGAGUUGCAUAGGCAAACUCUGUUUUUAUACAGAAAUAUUAAUAUUUUCCAAUUAAUAGCUUCUCCAGUGCCUGAUAAUGUUUCUAUUUCUUUCUUUUUCUUCCUUGUGCUUCUCAUUUUAACAAUACGAUGAUUGUAAAAUUACACGUGAAGCUAAAGGAAUACAUUUAUAAUUUUUCAUAAUAAUUUUAUGAAAGUUAAGAUCAGGAAAUUAUAUUUAUAUAAAGAACUUGACAACUUUUAAGGGCAUGCUAUUUAAAACGCUUAGCAAUUGAAAGCAAAAUAAUAACUGCUAUUUAUAAAGACGCCUCAGCAGAAUCUGUUUUUAUGUUGACUGUCUUAUGUUGAAUGUUUUCCUCCACAACAUGUAUGUGCUGCUUAUUAUUGCAGAUUUGCUCCUGGGCAUACUUUUUAUGUUCCAAUUUUUUUCUUCCAGCCAAACAAAUAUUGGGCCUCUAAAAACAGAUGAAGUAUAAAGUAGUACGGCUGUUACAAGGAUAUUUUUUAAAUGCUUUCAUAUCCGAGACUGGGCUUGGCUCUGUGAAUGAGUUUCUAGUAUUUAAGUAUUUUGUAAUUAGCACUCCUCCAAAGUCCUGGGAUAUAGAAAGUUCAGAGUCUAGCUUUAUUAUAGUGCCAGGAAGGCAAAGAGUGUCCAAGACCAUCUCAGCAAGUACUGGUGGCAAAAUAGACACGCGCUUUGCAAGGUUUUCCAGGAAAAUCUGCUAAGGGCAGCAUUUGUUAACCCCACUGCCAGUACUGCCACUCUCUUGGACCCUUUUUAUAGCUGAAAAAAAAAAUCUAUAUUCAUUUAGUUUAUUGAAAAAUAAAACCUAAGUCCAGGUUGUAUGCCUAGGACCCCUAAUGAAAGGCUCAAAAUCGAUUCAGUUAAUUGUAUGUUUUCAUUGUAGAUUGCUAAAUAUUGUAAUGUUUGAAAGCCUCCAAGUGUUUGCUAUAAAGUGCCCUGGACAGCUGUUACUUCCCAGAGGCUGACAUUCUGGGACUGGCUUCUAUUUUACCUGGAAUAACAUAACGGACUUAGAUCAUCUAUAGAAUGUGAUGCGGGCCAUACCUCUCUUCCAGCCUCCACAGACACAGAACAUGCAUAUCCCCAACCACUGAAGAAAGUGGCUUAUUUGCGGUUGCUGGUGCUAUUGUUAUUAUUGUUGUUACUGUUGUUAUUUAAUUGCUUGAUUAAAGCUCAAUCAAAUGUGCUUCCUAAGAACCUAUCAUUCCAUUUGUGAGAAAACACAGUGUGCAUGUUUUAGUGAUGCUGUGUAGAAACACAUCUCAUAACCAUCUUGUGGGCCUUCUUUACCUACUAGAGGAGUCUCCAAGGACAUGACUUGACAUUGCAAGAUUAGUGAACCGUCUUUCUCUUUGACUAUUCUGUUAAUUUUUAUUUAAACUGGAACAGAUAACAUAAGAAAAUGGAAAUUUUUAUUGGCCAAUAACAUUCUUUCUAAUCUUCCAAAAUGAAGAUUGUUACACGAAUUCAUCAAUUGGCUCUGUUGUAGUUCCGCUAACAUGUAAUAGCACUUCAGGCCUUUUAAGACCAAAAAGAUGUGGCCAAUAACUAUCAAGAUUCACUAUCAUAAUAUUAAUUGUUAACUUGUUAUUUCAUAGACUUUUCAAAGCCCUGGGAAGGCAUGCAUUUCAGUGCACGUUUUAGGAUUUCCGUACAGGUUUCAGAGAUCCACACUGACUCUUAGUAUCUUGGGCAUUUGAUCUCAAUGACUCAAUCACCUCUCCUGUUAAAAGAGAGAAAGGAGGGCUUCCCUGGUGGCGCAGUGGUUGAGAAUCUGCCUGCUAAUGCAGGGGACACGGGUUCGAGCCCUGGUCUGGGAAGAUCCCACAUGCCACGGAGCAGCUGGGCCCGUGAGCCACAAUUGCUGAGCCUGCGCGUCUGGAGCCUGUGCCCCGUGACGGGAGGGGCCGCGAUAGAGAAAGGCCCGCGCACCGCGAUGAAGAGCGGUCCCCGCACCGCGAUGAAGAGUGGCCCCCGCUUGCCGCAACUGGAGAAAGCCCUCGCACGAACCGAAGACCCAACACAGCCAAAAAUAAAUAAAUAAAUAAAUAAAUAAAUAAGAAAAUCCUAAAAAAAAAAAAAAAAAAAGAGAGAAAGGAUUGCAUAGGGCCACUGCCCACCUUCACUCUACUCCAGUGCCAGGAACGUGACAUACAUGCUGACGUACAUCUAGAGCCUCAGAGACGUAAAUGAAAAAUCAAACCGUCUAGAAUGAGAAGAACAGAAGAGACUGUUACUUUUUUUCCCCUAAUUUCAGACUUCGCUUUUUACUUAAUGGACAUCCUGAUCCACUCUCAGAAACAUCUGAUUUGGCGUUAAACUAGGCAGCUGGACGAUGUUUAUGGCUUUGAGGCUUAAAUAACUUUCCAUAGGAUGGGAGUAACUCUAAACAAUGUUUGAAUAAUCAACUCCUGCAGUCUUAUAUUUCAUGGGCGUCCAUCCUCUGAAUCUUUCUUACAAAAGUAUUGUAUAAGAAAAUUUUCUCUGAAUUAUUUAUAUUUAUACUAUUUUGCUAUGAAUGACAUUUGUGUUAUAUUAUAUACAUUAAAUAGUUUGUGUACAACUUUA